AUUGGAAGGUUAAUUUGUUUGAUCCCAUGUUCCACUAUUGAGUGUAGGAAGCACUUAAUUAUUUGAUCAUUCAUUGCAAAUUGCAAUAAUCAAAGUCAUGGCCAAAAUCGCGUUAGGAACAACAAGAGAGGCCACUCAACCAGAUUGCAUUCAAGCUCUAAUCGUUGAAUUCAUUGCCACUUUUCUCUUUGUUUUUGCUGGUGUUGGUUCUGCCAUGACUGCUGAUAAGCUAAGUGGAGAUGCAUUAGUGGGAUUGUUUUUUGUGGCUAUAGCACAUGCUCUUGUGGUGGCUGUAAUGAUCUCCGCCGCUCACAUUUCCGGUGGCCAUUUGAAUCCGGCGGUGACGCUAGGUCUCCUUGCCGGCGGCCACAUCACUGUGUUCCGUUCAAUUCUAUAUUGGAUUGAUCAAUUAAUAGCAUCUGCUGCAGCUUCUUAUCUUCUGUAUUAUCUCUCUGGUGGAUUGACAACUCCAGCUCAUACACUUGCAAGUGGAAUAGGGUACACACAAGGUGUAGUUUGGGAGAUUGUGUUGACAUUCUCUUUGUUAUUCACUGUUUAUGCAACCAUGGUUGAUCCAAAGAAGGGAGCACUUAAUGGGCUUGGCCCAACUUUAGUUGGGUUUGUGGUAGGGGCCAAUAUUCUAGCUGGUGGGGCUUUCUCUGCUGCUUCAAUGAACCCAGCAAGAUCUUUUGGGCCUGCUUUGGUUAGUGGAAAUUGGACUGAUCAUUGGGUUUAUUGGGUUGGGCCACUUAUUGGUGGUGGGCUUGCUGGUUUCAUUUAUGAGAAUUUCUUCAUUAAUAGAGAUCAUGUCCCUCUAGUUGUAGAUGAAGAAAGUUACUAAGUUAGAUUUUUUCCUUAGGAACUUGCAUGAAAUUUGUGCUAUUGUGCUUUAAUAUGGACAUACAUGUGGGAUUAUGCUUUACUCAGCCAAUCAGUAUGUAUUUUAUUUUUGGGUUUGAUGGAGUGAUAAAAAAAUAAAAUGAAAUGUAUAUGUCAAACAUUUUAUUUUAUGUGUCAAUUAAUAUCGAACAUUUGUUUCGUUCGCGUAUGAUUUA